UGUGUCACCGUACAGCCUACCCACCAACUACAAAUUGACAGUUUCUCAGGUGAGGCGUUACAUUACUGGAGCGCUUUCACUUUCUCUUGAGUUUCAGAGCUCAUAUCACUGUGAGCCUGGGGUUGUUUCACUCAAAACCCAUUUACCAGAAGCCCUCAUAUCACGGCACCAUGAACAAAAAGAAAAAGGAAUGGGCAGUGGAGAAAGAACGCUUACUCGGCCUCACAACUGAGGAUAGACGCAAAGAUUAUCGGGGCAACUAUGUGGCACUGGAAAAGAUUCCCAGCUGGGCAAGUAAUGAGAACAACACAGAGGGUAAAGAACAGAAGUCUUCCUCUCUGGCUGAUAAAGUGUCUCUGUACAAAGGUGACAUUACUAUUCUGGAGGUGGAUGCCAUAGUAAAUGCCGCGAACUCAUCUCUGCUCGGAGGAGGAGGUGUGGAUGGGUGCAUACACAGAGCUGCGGGUCACCUGCUGGUCGCGGAGUGCCAGUCGCUAAACGGAUGUGAAACGGGAAAUGCCAAGAUCACCUGCGGUUACGACCUCCCCGCCAAAUAUGUAAUCCAUACCGUCGGCCCAAUAGCCAGAGGACAUCUUGGCCAGACCCAAAAAGAUGACCUUGAAUCAUGCUAUAAAACCACCCUAAAGCUGGUGAAGGAUUUGAACCUAAGAUCUGUGGCCUUUCCAUGCAUAUCAACAGGAAUAUAUGGUUUUCCCAAUGAGCCGGCAGCCGAAAUCGCUCUGAAGACUGCGAAAGACUGGAUCAAGAGCAACAUGAAUAAGAUCGACCGUGUCAUAUUCUGCGUCUUUCUGGAGACAGAUUAUGAGAUUUACAAGAGGAAGAUGUCAGAAUUCUUCUCCCCAGAUAAUGACGGCCGCGAGAAGGACGAAGAUGCUAACAUGGAGGAAGAUAACACACAGGCCGAGGGUGGAGAAGAUGAACAACUAGGUUUCAUUUGGCGUAUCUGGCGUGCUGUAUGUCGAGUUUUCUUUGGUGAUGCACCAGAUGCAGAGAUGUUGAGCCAGACAGAUGAUGAUGUGCACAUGGAAAGCCAGAAGCAAGAAGAAAGUUUAGAUGUCGAACCUUCUGAGCAGGGAAAAGAAGACCAUGAUAAAGGAGAAACACCAAAAGUGGAGGGUAGUCCCCCAACAAAGAAAAAUCUUGAAGAGGGAAACAAGGAAAAGCAAAGUGAAGAGGAAAAGAAAGAAGAUAAAGCAGGAGAUCCAAAAGUUCCAGGCGACAAGACCGAUGACAGCCCAGACAAGAUGCAGAAAGACCAGACUGAUGCAGAUGGCAAAGAAAGUAAAGGCUCAACAAAGACUGCAGACACCAAGGAGGGCACCGGUCAAGCUGAAGUUGCCAUGGAUGCUCAAGGAGCUGAUAAAAGCGAUAUCAAAUCAGCCAAGGACAACACCACCAGCAGCACUGAAGUUGAAAUGAAUGCCCAGGACAACUCACAAGAGCCUGAAUCAGCUCCAAUAGGCAGCAGUCAGUCCAAAGAUGUCUCCAAGAUUGAAGUCGAUAAGAGCGCACAGAAAAAGGAAUGAAACGACAAUCAGCCUCAUAAAAGCGAGUGCCGGCAAACUGUGUGAAGGCAAACAUCUCACCAAUUUUGUCCCACGCCAGGGAGUCGCCCACAAUACUGGGAAAAGAGACGAGCCUCUUUUAAUUCACUAUAUCUUCUAUUCAACCUGUCUUUCUUUACCACUGUCUCAUAUACAUAAUAAAUCAAAUAUAUAAGUAUCUUUAAUGAAAAAAAAACAAACGAUGAGAGUAUGAACAUAUCAGAGCGGGUACAGGGGUCAUAGAGUUGACGGAGCUACUAUACCUCACUAACAAGCUGCUUGAUCAAUAUUUUUUUCGAUGAGGCAUCUUGGUGCUGAUCUGAACUGGUGUAAAUUCAAUUGUUUUGAAUCAUUCGGACACUUUUAUUUACGCGGUGAUUUGUAAGAGCCACGGCUGAAUUUUCCAUCCAACUCCUAAUGCAAAAUUCAGACCAAAUAUGAUCAGAUUUUUAAAGUCCUGUGUAAGGUUUCUUUUAGGUGAUUAACACUAAAUGUCUAUUUGUGCAUGAGUGUGUGUGUGUGUGCAUACAAAAGCCAAUGAUGUCACUUUAAAGAGGUUUUCACUUAAUGCGUCAGCUUAAGAACCAAGUGUAUGGUGGUAUUUAACAUGUACUACACGCUUAUCAACAAGUCCUCCGCUUCAGCAGAGGUGCUUUAACAGAAACAUCAUGCUCGCAGAUCUUCCCCUUUAAUAUCACAAAUGAGCACUGGUCAUAUUUCAUCUUCAAAGCUGCUCUGACUACUGCGAAUGCCUGUUAUAAAAGCAAACCUCUGUUGUGUCAGAUUGAUGUGGCCGUAUUUGACGAGUGUGCAAGAUGAAUCACUCAAGGUGUAUCUAGAUGCAUGCCGGCAUUGUUUAAAAUGUUUUAUUUGCAGUCAGUUUCAUCUCUUUCUCCCUCCCUGUCUCUUGCAUAAACAGAUCUUCCAUCUCACAUGUAAACUCUCCAUAAUUUUAUCAUAUCCAAAAAUAUCUGCCUUAUUUUACGUCACAUACAGUAGUAAAUGAUCAUAAAUUGGUGAUGGGAAUAAUUACAAAUACUAAGUGUGUGGCUUUGAAUGAAUUAAAUCCUAUUAAGGUGACGAGUGAUAACAUUUGGUUCAUAAAGAAAAUGUUUUUCUGUCUUUGAUCGUUUUUUGAUUUGGUUUUAAUUUUUCUUGCAUCAGAUAGUUUGGUUGAUUUAAAAAAAAAGAAAGUAUUCAAAAGAUUUAUUUACUCUAUUAAGUGGUGCCAUACUUGUAUAUCAGAUCAACUCCUGCCUUCAUUCUUUGAUGUUUGCUUUGCUAUAAAAUAAUUAUGAAUAAAGUUAUGAAGUUGUUUCCCUGGG